AUGAAUAACAAUAGCAAUAAAUCUAGGAGAGUCAAGUCCCCUGGGUGGGCUGCCUUUGACUUGAAAAAGAGGCAGCAAGAUGGUGAAGUUGCUGGUAAGGAUCCAUUUCCAGCUAUUGGAGACUUACCAUUUACUGGGUUGAAGAGGAAUCAUGACAAUAGUGGCGUUUUCUGUUCGAAGUCUUUCUCUUCUGUACUUUUGCCUUCUUCUUCUACGGCUGCUGGUUUUCCUGCUUUGAAGACGCAUCAUGAUAAUAAUUUGACCACCCCAGUUACUGAUUUUUCUGCUGGGUAUAGUGAUUCCAAUAAGGUUAUUGAGGAGAAGAAUAGUGGUAAUGUUUUAUUGGGUUUGAAGAAGCUCAAAGAGCUUCAUGAGUGGGCUGAUUUUAGCUUGAUUGAGGAUGUCAUGGCCGGUGUGGAUAAUGAUGUCGAAAAGGCUUCUGCUUUGUUGAAUGGAAUGGUUUCUAAUGCUGACUUUGAGAAGGAUGAGGGAGCAAAAUUUAAGUCCAGUUUUAAUACGAGUCUUGCCGAUGAUAUUGCUGAUUUGAGCUCUACUCUUGAGGAUGCUCUCAAAGAUAAUGAUCAUAAAAAUGAUAAGAAUAGCAUAGAAUUGAGAGAGGAUGUGGUUGCUUCUCCUGCUGUUGAUGUUACUGCUGCUGCUGCAAACAUGAAACUGAUUUUGGGACACUUGAAGUCUGUACCUAUUGAGCCUGAGUGGGAAGAAGAUGAUGUUUACUUGAAUCAUCGAAAGAAUGCUUUGAGGAUGAUGAGGGUAUCAAACAGUGUAGUUAAUAUAGCCCGUAAAUUGAAUGCAACUGAGCUAGAACCUAUGUUGGCAUCUCAGCAUUCCAGGGCUGCCACUAAUGCCUUUUUAAGAAGGGAUCAUUUUUCUGCUCAGCAGUAUUCUUUGAAAGCAAGGGAGGAAUGGUCGGCUGCUGAAGAACUCAAUGCUAAGGCAGCCAAAGAAAUUUUAAGCAUAAGAAAUAGUGAUAAUAAUCCAUGGAAAUUGGACUUGCAUGGUCUUCAUGCAGCAGAGGCUGUUCAAGCCUUGCAAGAACACGUGCAAAAAAUUGAGAUCCAGGCUCCAAAAAAUCUGUCAACAUCUCCAAGUAGAAUAAACACAAAGAAUGGGAUUGUACAUUCUUCUCCAUUUGAUGCCUAUGGUGCUGCAGAUGUGGAGAACUCGGAUAAGCAGCAAGCGGCAAUUAGACAGAGACCAACAUCAUUACAAGUAAUAACAGCUGUUCCCGUGCAUGUAGAUAUGAAGAUGUGGCAUUUAAAUGCAUUAAAACUUGCUACUGUACCUGUUUUUCCUUAUCUUACAGCAAGGUUCAGUAUGUUUUUGAAUGAGCAAGCUGCUGAUUGGAUGAAAAUAGGAAGAAAGAGUGUAGGCAAUCAUAGCCGGGGGCAAGCUGCACUCCCAACAGCUGUGAGAAGUUUCCUCAAUGAUAAUGGAUAUCGAUUUGACGAGACUAGGCCAGUGAGCAAGGCUUUGGAUUUGCUAUAUGACAUGAACUGGGCAGCGAGUCAUACUUCCUAUGGGAUUGUGUUAGGUCCAAGUAAAGAGCGAAAAGAAAAUCUAAUGUAUGAAAGCUCAAUAAAGGAGACAGGCUCCGGCCUAGCUGUGAGGAUGGUUACUACACCCGAAACUCAUCACAAAGACAAGUUUAUGGAGAUUAUAUGA